UGGUAGCACUGCUCUCGCGUAGGGCUUGUUUCGUGUGUAUUUUUUUCUCCGUAAGAAAAACUUGGAAAAUAGUUUGAAAAUAAAUUUAUUAUCAAAAAAAAUUAAUUUUACUCUAAAGUAGUUUGAUAUAGCUCGUAUAGGCAUUUGUAAAUACAUUUGUCAGAAUUAAUUUCUAAAAAAGUUGUCCACAUUUGUGUUUUUCUGGCGGCGUAUAGAAGUCGAUUUUUUGCACUUCUAAACGUGUUUUCAAAAAGUUACAAAUCAUGGGUGAUUUUGGUGGUUCUACAGCAGCACAUAAUAACUUAAAUCAAUCUCAAGCAUUUGCGGCGGCUUUGCAACGUGCCAAACAGAUAGCCGCUAAAAUUCAACCAAAUGCACCCCCUUCCGGCGGAGCCCCGGCCGGCUUUAAACGUUCACAUGACGAUUCCGACGGAGGCCCAGACGUAAAACGUUUUACAAGCCCAGACGGAAGUGAAAGCGGACACAAUAGCAAUUCCAACAUGAGCGGGGGUGCCAAUAAUCCUAAUAUGUCUCAAGCAUUAGUCCAAGCUGCGGCUGUAGCUGCUCGAAUUGCUGCAACUGCUGGAAACACCUGCGAGGAACAAAUACGUUUACCCGACAGUGUAAUGAAUGCUUUCUACGGACGAGGAAGUAGUGACACCAUAACGCAUGUACAAGGCGAAUCUGGAUGCAAAAUACAAAUGGGACAGGAAGGUGACCGUGUUAUUACGUUGAGAGGUUCCAGAGAUUCUGUGACAAACGGCCGUGAGCUUAUUCAGCAACUGGCAAAUCGUAAUGGUGGUGGUAAUGUAGAGGUUGUUUUGACAAUUAAUAUGCCACCUCCGGGGCCAACUGGUUUCCCUCCAUAUCAAGAAAUAUGAUACCAGGAACAAAAGUUGGUUUAGUAAUUGGUAAAGGUGGCGACACCAUAAAACAGUUACAGGAGAAAACUGGAGCCAAAAUGGUUAUUAUUCAGGAUGGGCCCAAUCAAGAACUAA